AUGGCUUCUAUUGAUGAUGAAAGUGGUUCGUCUAGUAAGAAAACAGUUGGUAAACAUGGUGUGACCCGAUUGCAAAAAAUUCACAAAGCCAAAAGCAAUGGAAAGAGAAUUGAGGUUCAAUGGAAUUCCAGAGGUCAACCAAUCAAGCAUAAUAGCAAGACUUUUGCUAGUUUCAUUGGUGUCACAGUUCGUCGGUUAGUUCCAAUAAGCUUGGACAAUUGGAGCGCGAAAAAAAAUAAAGAGGCUAUGAGUUCAACGCUUUUGGAUCAUGAAGGUGGUUACUACAUGGGAUUGUUUUGUUAUCCUUUCUUAUUUUUUUGGUGUUUUGUUUAG